GCUGCCCGACUGACCGUCCAAAGACGUUCUGUUCCGUUGUACCUUUACUCCGGUCUGCGCGUUCUUCAGGAACGUACGUGCCCGUUCUCCUACACGACCGCGCGUAUUCUCGAUCGCCUCGUCGAAGGCAGACGUCAACCGUGAAACACCGGUGCAUACAACGUGCUUGCGAUUUCAUUCUCUCCAGUUGCCGAAUAGUAAUAUCGCGAUUUACAAAAAAGAAGAAAUCGGAAUUAUUAAUAACAACUUGUUACUUGCUUCACCAUUUCCUGUUCGUCCAACGAGGAUUCAGUUUUUUUUCACUAAAGGAACAAGAUACUCAGUGAUAUGGCACAGAUUAGCGUCAAACUCUCCAGAUUCGAUGGAUCACCCUGGGGCUUUCGCCUCCAGGGUGGCAAGGAUUUUGGCACACCACUCGUCGUACAAAAGGUUAACAGCGGGUCACCGGCAGAAGCAGCUGGUCUGAAGGCCGGCGACGCGGUUAUCAGGGUGAACAACACAGAGGUGUACAAUCUGAGGCACAAAGACGCGCAGGACGUUAUCGUAAGGGCUGGAAGCAAUUUCGAGAUGACCAUACAAAGGGGUGGCGGUACCUGGAAACCGCACGUGUCGCCGAUAAGCCCGACCCUGCCGUCGCCGUCGCCCACCGCAGGUCUCACCAAUAUCACUCCAGUCACGAAGACGUCCCUGGCGGCUAAGAAACAAGAUGGACCGCUUAUCGGAAGCGGUCACAACUUCAGUCCCAAACCAUUCCUAAAUGGAACGGGAGACGGUUCGAUAAAGUCGAUCGUUAACAAACAGUACAACAGCCCUGUGGGCAUCUACAGCGAGGAAACGAUCGCGGAAACACUCUCCGCCCAAGCGGAGGUUCUAGCCGGCGGUGUACUCGGGGUGAACUUCAAGAAGAACGAGAAGAAUUACAACGCCGAGAACAGCGAAGUAUUCAAAAUGGUACAAGAAGCGGAUAAGGAACCAAAGACACCGGAGCCUGCGGAGCCAACUGCGCAGAGCGGCGUGAUCACGCCGUCUUCGCCGGCCCUGGCAGGACUGAGGCCAGUUUCGGCACCGGAAACGAAGCCGCAGCAACCUUCGACGCCGCAAUCUAGUCUGCCGCCUGGACAGAACAUUUGUGCCGAAUGCGAGAGGCUCAUCGUAACAGAGUUUUACUCGGCGGUGAGCCACGCCGUUGGCGGAAGGGCCACUUCGCCGAGAUCGCCCACGCCUCUAUUUCAUGCCCUCCACGGUGUCGGGCCGGCCUUCAAUUCCAAUUCAACCCUGUCGAGCCAUCGAAUACAACGACAGGAGUCUUCCUCCUCCUCGUCUGGGUCGUCUGUCGUCCGUUGUAGCAACUGCGACCGAGUGAUCGUGGGCGUGUUCGUCAGGAUCAAAGAGAAGAACUUACACGUAGAAUGUUUCAAGUGCUCCACCUGCGGUACUUCAUUGAAGAACGUAGGCUAUUACAAUAUCAACAACAAACUGUACUGCGAUAUUCAUGCAAAACUGGUUGCCAGGCAAAAUGCACCAGCUGGCAUGGUACCCAUCACUAUACCGUCAGGCGGUAAGGCUCCGGCGAGCACGAUUUCCGCUGCACUGGCGAACGCACCGUUGUCUCCACCGUUGAGCAAUCACGCGUCUUCGCCUCUACCAUUCUCUGCUCCGACGUCGAACAAUCUAAUCGGCCCUAAACCUUUUGGAGGAUCGAACCUGUCAUCGAAUCUGUCGUCGCCUCCGUUAGCGAACUCAGGCAACAGCACUCUACCACGGCCUCAAACUGUGACCGAAAGCUCGACGGAAACCCGCGAAGAAAAGUCCUACUAUUGCGAGAUCGUUGAGAACACCAAAAACGAGUAUCAGCGUCGUUCCGUGAAAGCCAAAAGCCUCGCGUGGCCACCUCCAAAGCCCAUCGAGGAGAUCACUUAUCCCACUGCUAGUCCCCUGUACAUCGACCCGAAUCCAACCCUCGAUAAAAGAGACAGACAAGCGGUCAAAGAGAAGAAAGCCUGCAUCGAAGCCUGCGAGAGAGCUCUCAGCAAAAAGAGAAGCGAUAGCACAGAUCGCGAGGUGGAAAGAGCCACCAGGCAGUGCAAUCGCUUCGACGAGAACCCGAUGGAUCGGAUCAGUUGCCCGGGACCCACGUAUAGAAAGGUCGAGCUGGUGGAGACGACCACCGGCAGGCAGUCGAGAACCGAAAUGACCUCGAGGCCCAGCUCGACCGAUAGCGUCCGAAGAUCGUUGACUCCCACCAGAAUCACCCAACCAAUACCGAAACCGUGGACUGCCACUGUCUCUACCGGCAGCAAUCUUUACGAGCAGAGCUACGCUGGUGUCGAGCCACCGAAGGUGUGCAAGAAGUUUCAUUCGAAGGAGAUCUGUCAGAGAGAGCGGAUAUGCGAAAGGAAUCAACCUUUCCGCGAGGAGCAUCGCGUGUACAAGUCGGAGGUGUGCAGACGCGAGCAGACGAUUUGCGAGAAGCCACCGUUGCCGACUCAGCACGCGGUUAGACAAGAGGAAGCGAAAGAAGAAAUCAGGGAGAUCGACCAGGAGGUGACUGAUCUGAGACCAGCAGACGAAAUCGGCGACGAGGAUACUGGUGGUAUCCGGGGAGAGCACGACUUCAUCACGGAGACCACGGAAGAGGACGUUGACGGUCUGCACGUGAAAAAGAAAACGACUUUUGAGAAAACUGUUUCACCGUCGCCGGCACGGCCCAGCACUCCUGCGAUAGAGGAAUCGAAGGAGGAGAUUGUAAAGGAGGAGACGGUGGAGAAGACCGAAGAGACUUACGCACGGAAAACCACUAGUCACGUUGAGAGACAAGUUGAAGAGAAGGAAGAGAAAACUGUCGUCGAAUCAGCUGAAGUUGUCACUUCUGCCGUGGACGUGACGCAAAUGGUAGAGAAAGCUAAGCAAGAUGAAGAGGAAAGAAAGCGAGAGGAGGAAGAAGAAGAAAAGAGAAAGCAGGAAGAAGCAGAGAGAAGACGAAGAGAAGAAGAAGAGCAGAGAAGGCAGAAAGCAGAGGAACGGAGGAGACAAGAAGAAGAGGAACGGAGAAGGCAAGAGGAAGAGGAAGAAAGCAGGAAUGUGACUUUCGAGGAGGAGGAAGUGGAGGAAGUAGAGGAAGUUCGGGAACAACCUCUGGGACGUACAGUUGUCCGCGAGGAACGAGUGACAGAAGCCGAAAGCGAUACCCCGGGGCGGAAGAAGCUCAUAAAAGAGACUUACGAGGAGAUCACGGAAGAGGUGCUGGUUCAAGAACGGGUUCGAAGAAAGGCUAUCGACGACGAGCGCAAGAAGAGUCUGCGCGAACAGGUACAAGUCCAUAAAAGUUUGAGGGACCAGCAAGCGCCAAAGGAUCGACGCGUAUGCUCCAAGUACCCGCCAGCUGCGGAGAUCAUGGAGACGAAUAAGAAGCGCGUACAGUUCGUGAAACAAACGGACGCCGGUCCAAAGCCUAUACCGCAUUCUGCCCUUCAGAACGCCACUCCUAAGGAAUGGAAGUCUGAAAUGGUGAAUGCCUUGACGACCGCGCCCGAUCGGCCUUUCACGCCGCUCAGUACGUCCUCCAGCGUGAAAGAACUGUAUACGGAGGAGACUAUAUACUUGGAUCAUAGGUGUCGACCCAAACCCUCGCCGAAGGAAAAGGUCCGACCGAUUUCUCCGUUUCAGGAGGCGCUCAUGAUCGCUCCGGAAAGGCCCUACACGCCUAUCGGUCGGGAGAUCGGUCCCGACGACCGGAAGAUCGAAAGCCGUUCAACGACACCCAUGCUCGGAGGUGAAGGAGGUCCGCACCCUCCGCCAUCUAAUAUUUUAUUCGGCGAAGUGAAACCUUGCACUGAACCACCUCCCAAGCCCUGCGGUCCUCGACCUUUGCCUACUCCACCUCCGGAUUAUCGUUUCCCUACAAGGGAAUCUUCUACGUCUCCGGUGAGAUCGCGACCCCAGACUCCCAUGACUAGCAAAGGCAUUACUGCUACUCUGAAGAAACCCGACACUAUACCAUUUUACCAAAGACACCUCGUGGCUACGAAGAAGAGCGCGGUCGAGAGUCACACAUACGAACCAGGAAGCAGGACACCGACCCCGACUCCAGGAAGAGCAAAGUCACCAGCUUGUGGUCCACCGUCGCCCUCUCCUUGUCACAUGAAGGCUCAAGCACCCAGGAUCAGGGACGACGCACCGCCUAAACGGAGCUCCGUCCACUUCCCCACGAAGAAGAGCGUUUCCUACAAAGUGGACGAGGACACCGACGAGGGGCACAGACACGCGGAGUAUGCUGCCACCAAAACAGUGGCUGUCGACGAAAAGCGAACGGACGAUGCGGGCCGAGAACCGUUGGACGCGGUUCAUGCUCAAUAUCAAGAGAAACGGUGUAUGACUAGCGAGGAAACGAACGAAGAGAAGAAGUCGAUUACAAAGAGAACACUGGAAGUUAACGAAGACUUUGAAAGAUGCGAAAAACGGGUCCCGAUUCGUCCUUUACCAGAACGGGGAGAGACAACAAAAGGCGUUUGUGCCAUUGGUAGAACAAGUCCAUGUAAACUCUCUCUUCCUUGCCCAUUGGCUUCGAAGGACCCAUGCACGUGCCCUGUACCUACGCCGGUUUACAGCAGCUCAACGGAAGUACGUCAUGUUAGUUACGGAACUCCACCAUCUAGACCCUGUACGGAUACGGGUGUAACAGUGUUACCAUGUAAAGCUACCUCCGAUCAAGGCACCAAAGCAGGAGUCGUCGUCGUACCCUGCCAAGGGCCGUGCACUUGUUGCAAGAAGGCAGGCGUCUGUGUAGUCCCGACCGCGGACCGUUCAGGAGUGUGUACCGGAGUCGGUGGCCUCGGGUCCAAGAGCGGAACAUUCGCUGGUAGCACCGCGCCGAAACGAGGACGGGGGAUACUAAAUCAGGCGAGCGGACCGGGAUCACGAAUGCCCCUCUGCGCCCAUUGCAACUCUUACGUCAGGGGUCCGUUCAUUACCGCUUUGGGUCAGAUCUGGUGCCCCGAUCAUUUCGUAUGCGUGAACACCCAAUGUCGUCGACCUCUGCAAGACAUCGGUUUCGUCGAAGAGAAGGGACAACUCUACUGCGAGUACUGCUUCGAACGGUUCAUCGCCCCAAGUUGCAACAAAUGCCAAAACAAAAUCAAAGGCGACUGCUUAAACGCGAUUGGAAAGCAUUUCCACCCUGAAUGCUUCAAAUGUUCCUACUGCGGCAAGUUAUUCGGUAACAGCCCGUUCUUCCUCGAAGAAGGAUUGCCCUAUUGUGAAGCUGAUUGGAACGAGCUAUUCACGACAAAGUGUUAUGCGUGCGGAUUCCCAGUCGAAGCUGGCGAUCGUUGGGUAGAGGCCCUGAACAACAAUUACCACAGCCAGUGUUUCAACUGCACGAUGUGUAAGAAGAAUCUCGAAGGCCAGGGUUUCUACGCGAAGGGCGGUCGUCCGUUCUGCAAAAAUCAUGCGCGUUAAAGCUGGUGGCCGUUAACGAUAAUGCAUGAUAUGGGAAGGGUUGCGAACAAACGGAAACUAGGAAAAGCGAGAAAAUAUCGCGAAGAGAAACGCGUAUAUUAGCUUUAAAGAGCACGAAUUUCUCCUGCACGAAUCAUAUCCUACAAUCAGACUGCGGAUUUUAUGUAUUCAGAGAUUGCGCGCAAUGUAUAAAAAUAUGUAUAUGGAAUAUCAAAAGCUGAGUACGCGUUGCAAUAUUUGAAUGAUAAAAGAAUAAUAAGAUGCAUCUCUUUAACUGAAGACAUGUUCUAUUUUGCAUAAAAAUCCGUGGUCUACAUAUAAUAUUUCUUGUUCUUCUUGUAUAUGUUUUUCGGCCGACGACGAACUAACCCAAUGACAGGUGUCGUUAAUAUACGCCGCUGUUAAUAAUUGUAGGACGACCAGCGAAUAUAUUUAUUUACGAACGACUAUUGAACGCGAACUAAUUGUACCAUCGAUUUUUAAUCGUAACUUCUUUCUAAAAGCCUGUCUCCUUUUAAGAGUCUGUUUAAACGGGCAAAAUCCCUCGACGUCGCAAAGAAUAAGAUAAAAAGAGUAUAAUUUCUAGAAUUGCAGCGCGCCGAGACUAUCGUGCUCACUUACAAUAACACUUACUACUUACAAGCCGCGCCCACGUAAUUAUCGAAGUCAGGAGUAUCCAAACCGUUAUUUUGAGGGUGGGAGCGUUCUCCCUAGCUCCCGAGCAGGGUAGUGAGCCGAACAUGGAGCGGCGAGUUAUAAUGUAGCGAAGAGAUCACCUUCUGUUAAUAGCUGAUAAUAGUAGGCCUACUAGCCUAACACGUGUAUCUGUUGUUGUCUCUCUAUUGUCAUCUCACUCGCACAGUCUACUGUUCACUUUCCAUACUGCAUGCUCGAAUGAUGAGCGAUUCUGACAUCCGGAAUAGACGCAAAAUCCGGUCCCGAUCGGUGGCCAUACAUAUCCGGAGACUAGCGUAUUUCGACGUAAACCUUGAAUGAACUCAUUCAAUGCGAGUGGACGCGUAUCGUGUGUUUACUACUGAAACGACAUUACGUUCAAUCGUGACGUCGAAGUCGCAGUUACAAAGGGACUUUCGAAGCAAACGCGUGCGUGCCAACUCGCCAUGUGUACUGUCAACCGCGAUAGUCACGGGCUCUCGGAACGCUCCCAUGGACAUGCCUGAUCUAAGUAAUUGUAUACUAGCAAUUGCUCUCGAGAUACCUUCACCUGAAACGCAUGGCGAGUAGUUUCGACUCGGUAUCGAGCCAAACCUAAUCCGCCCCAGGAAAUAUUCCUAAUCCGCCAACACAACAAUUCUUCAUUUCGAUUGACCGUUUAACGUGUAUAUUUUGUUCUAUAGCUUUUUAUACAUAUGUGGGACUAUGUAGGAAUUGUAUCGAACCAAACCUAAUCCAGCUAAGGAACUAUUUCUGAUUCGGCAAUAGAACAUUUUGUUUGAAUUGGCCUCUUAAUUCGAUUAACUUGUACAAUCCGUCGCAUACCUUUUUGUCUAAGAAAGAACGUGUUUGAUGAAAGCAAGACGCAGUCACGUAAUUCGUUCGUUCCGGAUUAGAGAUUCGCUUGCACGAGCGAAGUUUAAGAAGAAGUUCUUAAAACGACCAAUUACGUUCGGAAAGUUCGUUGGGUUUCGCUUGUCUCGACGUUCCACGACUAAUUGGCGGAUUAAGCAGCCAUAAAAUAUCGAUGAGACGCGCAAAGCUGCUUCUGGCUUUGCGAGCCUCAAAUUUUAAUGGCUGCGACCAAGUUAAAUCGGUUUUCGUUUCCGUUCACGGCACGGAGACUCGAAUACCUUGUGAAAUCGUUGCCGCAGAAAAUUCUGCAACGAUACAACAAAAGGCCGACCGGCUUCUGGUCUUGGCCACGGAUCACGCAAAGGUCAUCCAAGCAAUUAGUAUUACUGGCAUUAUCACAUAUUUCGCAUUAUACUAGGUGCACCUAACACGAAAAUGCCGAGAUUCGAUCCCCACCUCUAGAGCCAAGAUCAGAUGGCCGACUUUAUGGAGUAUAAAUUAUAAAUGGCGAAAUAUAUUCAAUGAGGAGACCGCUUGUAUUUUAAUUAAAAAUCGAGCGAACUUCCAGCAAAAGUUAGAAACUUUCCCCGCAGUCAAUUAACGGAUUAAACAGUUGUUUAACGCCGGAUACGAAGUUCAACAAGAAAUUAGAAACUUCCUGAUCGUGUCUUCACGGUUGUAGAAUUUUCAGCUUGAACCGAACACGCACAACCCGUUCAAAAAUCGCUGUUCACAACCCGAGCUUCAAAAAUUUCUAUGUACAGACUGAGUCAAUGAGAAAUAACAUGCAAUAACUCCUUGUUGAAUGAUUUUAUUAAAACAUGCUGCAUACGAAAUUAUAGAAGUUUAUAGAAAUUAUAGAUAGAAGAUUCUAUUCUGACAAAUUAAACGUAUUUCUGCCAAGCUGUAUAAUAAAAUCAGUAACAGGAUCGAGUUAAAAUCUUCGUGCAUGCGGAUUUUAUCAUAAAUCAUCCAACGAGACUUUUUCGCUCUGAAAUCAAAUGAUUCCAUAAUCGAACGAUCGUACAGGGACCGAGAAUAUGGUAUUUAAUUUCGGCAUGAUCAAACGUUUACGAACUAUCUGCAAAAUUGAAUAAACGAUCAUGAACACGCUUCGCCUUGGACUCAAAUCGGUUGCCUAGCUUUCAAAGUGUCUAUAGAUAUAAGGGCGAAAAGUGGAGAAAGAGUUGGCUUCGAGAACCGAGUAACUCGCGGUUUGAUAGCAGUUGUCAAGUAAUUUUAGACGAGGUUACCGAUUUCUGUGCCAUCAUCGCGGGCUCGUGUAAUACUAGUAGCAAAGUUCGCGAAUCGAAAAAAAAAAA